AUGGGUCUUCUAACAGAUUUCAAACAACUUCAGAUUCCAGGGUACGUAAUAAAGACACUUUGCGUCAUUGGUUUCUUUAGAGACAUCAUCUAUGCUCUUUGUCCUUACAUCGGUCUACCUAGUUUUCUUGACCACUAUACCUCUCGUCCCGACACGAGUCCGAAGCCGAAGAGUCUUGUCGAAGAUUUAGAGUUAGUCCCUGUGGUUCGUAUCUCGGAUCUUUUGACCGUUCCUGAUGAUUGUUGUACGGUGUGUUUAUCCGAUUUCAAGCCUGACGAUAUGAUUAGGCAGCUUCCAAAGUGUGGACACGUGUUCCACCAUCGUUGUUUAGACCGUUGGAUCGUUGGGUGUUGCAAGAUGACGUGUCCUAUUUGUCGGAACCGGUUCUUGUCGGAUGACAAUUACACCGAGAUGGAUUCUGAUUCUGUUUCGGUUCAGUGGUGAUCAAGAAGUGGAAUAUAUCAACUAAUAGUGGUUUUUACUUUUUAAAACACUAUAUAAUAUGUAGCAUCCGAUGAAUAUAAAAGUUCUGGAUAAAAUUUUGGAUUUGUAUAAUGUUUAUUCGAAAAAAAUAUGAUAAGACAUCAUUAUCUGUGAA